UUUGGGGUACCCUUGAAAUUACACCCUACAGAAGGUCACUUCCUCUGCUUACAAAGAGAUGGAUGGCUGGUGUCAUGUCUUGGUCUCUUUUCUUAUACUGUCUUUGAAGUGAAAGCAUUCUGGGCUAAGCCCCCAAGGCCCCUGCACAAUUUGGUAUGGUAAAGCACUGGCCUGGCAAAGAGUGCCUAAGUCUCAAGUGCCAGUUCCAUCACUACCUUGGGAAAGCCUCACUCAGUUUUCUCAUCUGUGAAAUGGGGAUAAUAAUCCCCAGCCUGCCUCCUUCAUCCAGUGUUGUGAAAAUCAAUGAGGUGCUGGUUAUGCAAGUGCUUUAUAAACUUUUAAGCUCCAUAUUCAUGUGAAAUUCUUACCAAUAAUCACAAUGCUGAUGUUCUUGGUUAAGACAGCCAGGGUUCUUGUAUCCUUCAAACUCUUGUCUUGCUUUUUCUUUCUUCUCUACAAGAGGCUUCCAUUUCUAGCUAGAGCAUGCCAAACUGGCAGUACCUUGGAGGCCAUCUUGUUUUUCAUGACCCUCACUUUUGUCAACUGCAGCAUCUGCUAAGUGCAUACUGCAUGAGAAGUCAGUCCGUUUUCAGGGAGCUUACAAACUAGUAGGAGAGUUAAGGUAUGCAUGCAUUAUUUAAAUCUAAGUACAUAGAGAUAGGGAUACUUGAGAAGUCUGAGCUAAGGGGCUUGUUAAAAAAUGUAUUGCUUUUUUUUUUUUUUUAAACAUUUUCAGAUCCUUCCCUUCCCCUCUCCCACCCUGAGAGCCAUUUCUUUUAAUGAGGAAACAUGGGUUGGGCAAGCAAUUUAGCAAAAUCUACAAACACUUCAACUGAGUCUGGCAGUAUGUGCGAUGUUCCACACACACAGUCCCCUGACCUCUUCAGAAAAGGAAGGGAGGUGCCUUUUCUCAUUGUUUCUUCAGGGAUAAGCUUGGCCUUAUAUAAGAAUGAGAACUAUGAAGAUGCCAUCAGAUUUGGAAAUCAGGUCAUUGGUGACUACAGAGAAAAGUUUCAAUAAAAUGAUGAGGGUUGAAGUCAGACUGAAAGGAGUGAGUGGGUAGUGAGAAAGUGGAGACCCUGGACCUUAGGUUCAGACCAAGGGUCCUGACUGAUAGUUCCAAGUGUGUCAGACCCUAUCUGCAAUCUGGGCACCAUCCUGACUCCUCAUUUACUUCCCAGUCCCUUGGGUAUGGCUAUGCUGAGUGCAAUGAUCCUGGCUCUACUGUUUGUGGCCCUCUCCAGUCUGGCCCAGGGAGACAUCUCUCAUGAUCCACUUUUUGUUGUGUUUACCAUCUUUUCCUUCACCUCCCUUAUUGACUUGUUCAUUGCCCUUGAGGAGGAUGACUAUGUGACGGGCCUCAUGGAAUUCUAUACUCGAGAGAGGGAGCCAUAUCUGUGCACUGCCCAUGGGAUUUUUAGCUGCUACUGGAAUGGCACUGUCCAUUAUCUGCUCUACCUCACCAUGACUGGGGCCAUUGCUAAGAGGAAGAGAUAUAGAAGCCUCGGGCUGUACUGGUUGGGGUCACUUGUCAUGAGCAUCAUGGUUUUUGUCCCAGGAAAUAUCCUUGGCAAGUACAGCUCUGAGCUCCGACUGUCCUUCUUACUGAACAUUCCCUAUGUGUCAAUCCCUUGCUGGGCUGGCCUACGCCUCUUCAGCCAGGACAGGGGCCCAGCAGGCUACACAGCCAACAUGAUCGCUGAAGAGCAUAAGAAGGGGCUGCUCCAGAGGCCCUGGGACCUGGCUCUGUUUAUUUUUCUGCUCCUGGCCGGAUUGUUCACCAUUUUCCGUGGCCUGGUGGUCCUAGACUGUCCCACAGAUUCCUGCUUCAUCUAUGUGUAUCAGUAUGAGCCAUACCUGCGGGACCCUGUGGCCUAUCCCAAGAUCCAGAUGUUGGUGUUCCUGUUCUAUGCUCUGCCUUUUUUCAUCCUGGCUGCUUAUGGCCUCCUGCGGCCUGGCUGUACCUGGCUCCCAGAUUGGGCCCUGGUGUUUGCAGGGGCCAUGGGCCAGGCCCAGUUCUCUCACAUCGGUGCCUCAAUGCAUCCUUACACCCCCUAUACCUACCGAACCCCUGAAGAUGUCUGGUCCUUCCUCUUUAUCCUCAACCUUCUCUAUGCUGUGGGGCCCCACUUCCUGGCCUACCGCUGCCUCCGAUGGCCAGCCUUUUUUCUCUGUUCCCCUACCCCCAGCCAGCAGGAAGAGAACAAGAAAAACUGCUGAGAGGGUCAUACCUGACCAAAGGCCACUGGGACCGCCAGCCACCUCCCUGAGGGCCAGCCUCAUUUCCCUAGUUCUCAUCAUUGAAUCAUUGAAUCUCAGAGUUUGAAAUGACCUCAGAGGUCAACUAUCCCAACCCUAUCUGGUGAAGAAUUCCCUUUACAAGACUCUGAACAUGUGGUCAUCUGGUGAGGGGAAACUGACUGCCCUACCUCAAAGAAGCUGAUUCCAUUUUGGACAGCUCUAAGUGUUAGGAAGGUUUUCUUUACACUGAAAAUUUUCCUUUGAAGUGCUGGAAUAUUGAGCCCCAAAUUUGCUUCUUUGUAUUUUCUACCCAUUGCUCAUGGUUCUACCCUUUGAGGCCAAGCAGAGUAAGUCUACCUGGGCCCCCUUCCCCAUGACAGCUGUUCAAACAUUUAGUGAUCAUGUUACUGCUAAGUUUUUUUAUUUCCUUCUAGUUCCUUCCGUUAAUUUUUAUAUGGUACAGCCCUCAGUUCUGAUCACCUUCCCCUGGUCUUGUCAUUCCAGAACUGGACAGAGGCCUCCAUCAGUGGUCUACUCAGACCACCAAUGUCAGAGAACAUUGAGUCAAUCACCUAUUUCCCUUCUCCAUCUUCUCUCU